AAAGGCAUCAUUUCUACAUCGUUUCAUGUCCAUCACUGUAGGAACUCAUCAUAGAAAUUAAUUCAUCUGUUACUCUUUGUGUAGGUUUAGUUUGAGAUCGAACACUUAAAUAAGUUCACUGGUCAUUUUUAUGAGCUCAAACACAACAUGAACACAAUCUCUUUACUCUUUAUCAUCUCUUUAUUCAUCAACGGUGUGUUUGGUGAUGAAGUGAAGAUGUCAGUGAUGGAGGGACAUUCUGUUACUCUACACACUGAUCUCACUGAUAUGAAGAGAGUUAUAAGGAUAAUAUGGAGAGUUGGAGAAGAGGGCUCUAAUAGUUUUCUAGCUUCAAUAGCUGAUAAUAAGCCCUCAUAUGAUGAUACUGAGAGAUUCAGAGACAGACUGCAGGUGAAUAAUCAGACUGGAGAUCUGACCAUCAACAACAUGAGAGUCAAACACACUGGACGAUAUCAAGCAGAGAUCAUCAACAACAGCACUGGAACAACAUACAAGAUCAACAGCACUGGAACAACAUACAAGAACUUCAGCGUUACUGUCAUUGAUUCUCCACGUGUUAUUGGUGCUGGUACAGGUGAUGUGAAGUCAGUGUCAGUGAGUGAGGGAGAAUCUGUGACUCUACACAAUGAUGUUCAAACACACAGAGAUGAUCUGAUACUGUGGAGGUUUGGAGAUGAAGGUCUUCUCAUAGCUAAACAUGAUCAAGAAGACAAUAAGAGCUCAAUAUAUGAUGAUGAUGAGGGAUUCAGAGGCAGACUGAAGCUGGAUGAUCAGACCGGAUCUCUCAUCAUCAGUGAUGUCAGAUCAUCAGAUUCUGGACUUUAUAAACUGAAGAUCAAUAACAACAAACAGACAUUAUACAAGACCUUCAGUGUUUAUGUCAGGAGUGAGUAUCUCAGUUCUCUCACAGUAACGGUUCAUUAAUAUCUGCUGUGUGUGAAUCAUUCACAUCUUCCUUUAACUCUUCUGUUUGAG